CAGGCAGCAUGGGUGGAGGAGGGUGCCAGUGAUCGGCAUGCCUCUGCUUUUUGACCAGUUUGACAUUGUAGUCAGACUCGAAUUCCGAGGAGCAGCAAAAGUGAUCAACGUUGCAACCAUACAUUCCACAGAUCUGUUGCAGACACUCAACGAGGUGAUAAACGGCGCAUCUUAUGGGGCCAACAUGAAGAGACUCUCCGCUCUCCAUCGGGACCAGCCAGAUUCGCCAAUGGAGAGAGCCGUUUUCUGGGUUGAGUACGUUGCCCGACACAAAGGAGCGGGGCAUUUGCGCUCAGAAUCCCACCGACUCCCUUGGUACGCUUACUAUUGUGUAGAUGUGAUGAUCUUUCUGUUGUCUGUGUUACUCCUGCUCACUGUGUUGGUGGUUGGAACACUGAAGAAACUUUGUCGUAUUGUUUGUGGGAAAAAGCAAAAGACUGAGUGAGAUUUGUUUCCCCUUGGUAUAUUUUAUUCUUUCAAAUUAAUCAAAUAAAGUUUUUCAUGCCUUUGAUCCACGGAGUCUCCUUUCCACAAAACAUGGAUUCAACAUGUGCUAAUAAAAGCCAGAAAGGUGAGUGAAAUAAUAACCUUGGUGCAUUGAUAUGCAGAUGAAAAGUGUAAAUGGCUGAAACUCAUUGACUUGAAGCCUUAAAUUUACUGACAGUUAUUCACAAUGAAGUUACCUUUGGUUUUCUGGGCACAAACCUUUGUGAUUCACUGACAGAGUGGACCUUUACUGCACUAUUCCCUCUUCCAGUCAAUCAUGCCAACUCUCACUCUCAAUCUGUCAGCAUGUUUGCCUUCGUUCCAGUGCCCCAUUAUUGUCAUACAUUAUCAUAGUGAGCCUCCUUUACACUUUAGAGAUACAAUGUGGAAACAGACCCUUCGGCCCAUUCGGUCUGCGCCGACCAGCGAUCACUCCACACACAAGAUAGACACAAAAUGCUGGAUAUCUCAGCAGGUCAGGCAGCAUCACUGGAGAAAAAGAUUAGGUGAUGUCUCUAGUAAGAACCCUUCCCUGACCCCACACACUAGCAUUAGCCUCCACAUGAGGGACUAUAGACAAUUUAAAAAAAAAAAAUCUAAUUAAUCUUUUAGCCUGUAU